UACCGGUUACCGGCGUGCCGCGCUAUCGUUUCUAUAUCCGCGCAUACACACGCACAUACGCAUACGGCCGCCCACAUUAAAAUAUAUAUAUACACAACACGCGCGCACGCAUUCACAUCAACGUCGCGGUCUGUGUCGCGCUCUCCCACCGUCUCUCGUCCAUACAACAACAACGUCUACCGUCAGAUAAAUUCAUAUCCGCGGUUAAUCCUCCGUCAUUAUUAUUAUUAAUAUAUUAUCAUAUAUAUACUAACGACGUCGCUUAUUGUGGUGUGUGCGCGCGUAUUUUGGAUAUCCGACCGGAUCUAUUUUUACCGAGACGAGUCUACGUUCUGUCUGUGUCCGCCUGAAUUGGAAUCCACUAAGUCGUUCGGUACGCGCAAUAUAGCAAUGUCGGCUAUGAUUUUUGCGGGUGGUGUCCCCGUUCCGUGUCGGUCGACAGUCAGCGGCCGGUGAACGGACGACACGCUCGACGAUAAGGCGACCUAUAGUGUCUUUUUUCCCCGGUAGUGCGUUGUGCCGACGGUUACGUUAACGAAGACGACGGCGGCGAUCACGGUUGUGUUGUGGACGAUGAAGUGGUGCGUUUCGCGGGAAGCGUGAAGAAAAAUGCAACGGCAAACGACAGAGACGACCACCACACCAAGACAGCCAAAGGCCGCAGCGAAAACAUGAACAUCCCCGCCCGACUGCUGAUGACCGUGUUAUUAAUCUGUUCAUGUUUCGUCCAAGGUUGCUGGUGUUCAGAAGACGAAGAGCGUCUGGUCAGAGAUCUGUUCAGAGGCUACAACAAGCUGAUCCGGCCGGUUCAGAACAUGACCGAAAAAGUAAACGUGCAGUUCGGUCUAGCGUUCGUGCAACUCAUCAACGUGAACGAGAAGAGUCAAAUUAUGAAGUCCAAUGUUUGGUUGAGACUAACGUGGACAGACUAUCAAUUACAGUGGGACGAGGCAGACUAUGGCGGUAUACAGGUGCUCAGAUUACCACCCGACAAAGUAUGGAAGCCAGAUAUAGUGUUGUUCAACAAUGCUGAUGGCAACUACGAGGUUCGAUACAAGUCAAACGUGCUCAUUCGACCAAAUGGAGAACUUCUGUGGGUACCGCCAGCCAUAUACCAGAGCUCGUGUACCAUAGACGUCACGUACUUUCCAUUCGAUCAACAAACUUGCAUAAUGAAAUUCGGCUCUUGGACAUUUAACGGCGAUCAAGUGUCAUUAGCACUGUAUAAUGACAAACAUUUCGUUGAUCUCUCCGAUUAUUGGAAAUCCGGUACAUGGGACAUAAUAGAGGUACCGGCGUAUUUAAACGUAUACGAAGAAAAGCCCACGCAGACGGACAUAACGUUCUACAUUGUGAUACGGAGGAAAACUCUGUUUUACACGGUCAACUUGAUACUUCCAACAGUCCUCAUAUCUUUUCUGUGCGUGCUGGUGUUUUAUUUGCCAGCUGAAGCCGGCGAGAAGGUUACGCUGGGCAUCAGCAUUUUACUGUCACUUGUCGUCUUCCUAUUGCUUGUCUCCAAAAUACUGCCACCUACUUCUCUAGUACUGCCGCUCAUUGCCAAAUACCUGUUAUUCACGUUCAUCAUGAACACCGUCAGUAUAUUGGUCACCGUUAUCAUAAUCAACUGGAAUUUCAGAGGCCCGCGAACUCAUCGUAUGCCGCCUUGGAUUAGGUCUGUGUUCCUGUCCUACUUGCCGGCGAUAAUGUUCAUGAAGCGGCCUAAGAAAACGCGACUGAGAUGGAUGAUGGAAAUGCCGGGCAUGAGCGGACCACCUCACCCUCAUCAUACUUCACCGUCGGACCUGCCUGCGCCCGCCCCACCGUGUUCCGCCACUCCGUCCAAGCACAAGAUGGAGGUGAUGGAGUUGGCUGAUUUGCACCACCCCAACUGCAAGAUCAACCGGAAAGCGAGCGCAGAACGGCGGGAGAGCGAGUGCUCCGACACACUGCUGUUAUCCCCAGAGGCGUCCAAAGCUACGGAAGCGGUCGAGUUCAUUGCAGAACAUUUGAGAAACGAAGACCAGUACAUACAGAUAAGAGAAGACUGGAAAUAUGUCGCAAUGGUUAUUGAUCGAUUACAGUUGUACCUGUUUUUUAUAGUAACCACAGCCGGUACUCUCGGUAUACUAAUGGACGCUCCACACAUAUUCGAAACUGUCGAUCAAGACAAAAUCAUCCAGAUCUACGGUGGAAAAUAAACAAUUACAAAAAAAAAAAAAUUAAUAAA